UACUGUAUAUCAGUGCAGCACACUCGCAGGGUCCCAGCACACUGCGCUGCAGCUGCUCCAGAAGUUCCUUCUCUUUGUUCUUGCUGCAUCCACCAUGGUCCUCUAUCACAAGGAGUUCGCCGAUGCCGGCCAGAAGUCCGGUCUCCAGAUCUGGAGAAUUGAGAAAAUGGACCUGGUCCCUGUCCCGGAAAGUCUACACGGUAACUUCUACGUGGGAGACGCUUAUAUCAUUCUCCAUACCAUACUGAAGAGCAACAGCAAAUAUUACGACCUGCACUACUGGCUCGGGAAGGAAUGCUCUCAAGAUGAAAGCACGUCAGCCGCCAUUUUCACCGUGCAAAUGGAUGACUAUCUUGGAGGAAAGCCCAUUCAGUACAGAGAACUACAAGGCUACGAAUCCAGUGUGUUUGUUGGAUAUUUCAAAGGAGGGAUUAAGUAUAAGGCUGGUGGAGUGGCAUCUGGUUUCACGCAUGUGGUGACUAAUGACCUCACUGCCCAACGUCUAUUUCAUAUCAAAGGUCGAAGAGUGGUGAGAGCAACAGAGGUUCCUCUUAACUGGUCCAGCUUCAACAGUGGAGACUGCUUCAUCAUUGAUCUGGGAUCUGUAAGUGAGAAGGAUGAGAACUGCUGCGCCUCUAUGUUUUUGAAAAAAACAUUCUGUUAUUGAAAAAAACUAUCCUAU